AUUUAAUUUGGGACUUCCCAGUAUUCUGACCCAGCAAGAGGCUCAGGAUGAGCGACAUUUACCAAGACCACUACCAAAUGUUGGGAUUGCGCAGGGACGCCACCGAAAGUCUUAUUAAAAGCUCUUUUCGGAAAUUGUCUCUGCAAUGGCAUCCCGACAAAAACAUAAGCGGAUCGGAGCAGUUCUUGAAGAUCAACAACGCGUACCGCGUUCUGAUCGACCCCAAAAAACGAGCCUCAUAUGAUCACUCCACUUUGAAGACUAAAUCUCAAAGUCACGUCCACCCCUCCGAGGACUUUAUUGUCUCUGAUAUAAUGGCUCGCCGUGAUCGCUACUACUUGUCCAAGGGUAACUUUGAACAGCCAAAUCGAUUCUUCCCAAUUCCAAACCCAGGCGAACCUAACCAAGACGAUUUUUACAAAAAGCUCAAAGUGGCUAUAUGUAUCGGAGGCGUACUAUUGGCCUAUGUGACAUACAAAAUAUAUCGGGGAUACCAUCCUCCGAUGCCAGUUCCGGAGGCAGUCAUCACACAGGUUGUACCCCAGGAAUUCACUUCUAAAAACGCUGUUGUAAAAGGUGUGAGAACUGGCUGGAAUUGGACUGCAUCCAAUACGGGUCCAUAUCUAGUUUCCCCGCUGAAGAAUAUCUUUAACGCAGUUUGGGACAGGGUAGUACCGCCGAAGUAA